AUGGAGUCGGCCAAAAGUGAUUCUUUAGACAUGACGGCCGCGAUCAUACCUCUGCCUGCAUACCACCAUAAUGCCAAGAACUGGUUCUUGCAGGUAGAAUCUAUCUCUUCCAUGUUACGCAUCACUUCACAGCGAGCCAGAUUCGCGAACGUAAUGCAGAAACUCCCAUCCGAUAUGAUGGAUGAAAUUUCUGACGUCCUCUCCGAUUUGCGUGAACAUGAACCAUACGAUCACUUAAAGGAAGCGAUCCUCAAGCGUACCGGGCGUUCCGAGGAAGACAUGAUUCAGGAAAUUCAACGGAACGUCACCAGAGGUGACAAGACGCCAUCCCAGCUUCUCAGGUAUAUGAGGAACCAGUUGGGAAAGCACAAUGUGUCAGAAAAGGUUCUUCGAGGUUUAUGGAUGGAGCAUUUGCCCAAAUCAGUCGCUCAAAUUAUUGCACCAAUGACGAGAGCCACGCCUCUGGAUGAUUUGGCAGAAUCUGCUGACCUAGUUUUUGCGCAGUUUGACCACAGCGUUAACGCAGUUCACACCCCCGACAUAGCAAAGCACGAACGCUACGAGCCGAGUAAGACAGAACGGGCGUUGGCCGACCUUCAACGACAAAUUCGAGAGAUCCAGAUGUCCCUGCGCCCACGGACAAGGAAAUCGACCCCAUCUCGACAGAGACGAACCCCCAGCCGAGAACGGCAAAGCGACCAGGGUGUUUGUUGGUUUCAUCGCACAUUUGGCGAUGGAGCCAGGAAUUACUCAGGUGCGGCCAUCAGCGUGGUACCCUAUCAGAACGACCACGCCGCUAAGCCCACCCUGGUCAAACUACGAGCUGCGAAUGGUUCCACGAUAGACACGCACGGAGAAAGGACCCUUACUCUGAAUAUCGGCAUGCGACGUGAUUUCACUUGGACAUUCACCGUGGCCAACGUGAAGGUACCCAUCCUCGGCGCGGAUUUCCUGGCGCAUUACGCACUGGCGGUCCAUAUGAACCCUGGGACCCUGCCCGAUACGACUACGAAUCUCCGUGUCUUAGGUUCUUCGGCGCACCGACAAGCACCUUACGAUCACGCGCGCCAACUCGACCGACACCGUCGCGAUCGAUCGGACCAAGCCUGCUUUUCUGGAGAAGCGACGGUACGACGCAAACCCGGCUCUGCGCCCCCUAAUGCUAUUCCAGGGCACCCGACACACGCAGCGCCGCAGACAUCAGACGACACCCCAGCGACUCGUGUGUAG